AUGUGUGACGACGACGUAAGCCCCUGGUGGUUUGAAAGGCCCCGGAUGGUCAAGCCGGCUUCGCCGGAGCGACGCCCCUCGUGCCGUUUCCCCUCCAUCUCGGCCGCCCCGUCAUCAGGGUGUGAUGGUCGGCAUGGGUCAGAAGGAGCCUACGUCGGCAGAGGCCCAGAGAAGAGGGGGACCGACUCUCAAGCCCCCACGAGCACGGCCAACCCUGAAAAGAAAACCCAGAUCAUUUUCGAGCCCUUAACAACCGCCAUGUACGGGGCCCAUCCAGGGUGCGUCCCUUCGCCUUGGUCGUACCACUGGUAUUGUGCGGACUCUGGUGAGGCGUCUCUCACACUGCCCCCUCUACAAAGGGUUUAUGCUCUUCCUCAUGCAAACCUUCGUUUUGAUUUGGCUGGUCGUGCCCUCCCGUUUUCCCUGAUAAGAUCUGAUGAGCGGGGCUACCCCUUUCCCACACCGCUGAACGUGAAAUCGUUCGUGCAUCAAGGAGAAAUUUUCUAG